UCUGCCAUUUCUGCAUCGCGAUCCUUGUUAUAUUACCAUCGUCCUUGGGCCAUGGUCCGAAAGAAAGAUUCACUUAUACUAUGCAGUGCUUUUCUAUUCGUCGCUUGGAACGCUUUGCUUUUACUUUACCUUUGGGGACGCCCGCCGAUCGGCCGCCUCGGGGAAGGCGGCGGCACCGAACCAGGAGGAAACGAGGAAUGGGGUCUCAUCAGGGGCAAAGGAAGCCGGAGCAACCUGGCGGGAGAGGUGAUCCGCUUGGCAGAGGAAGUUGAAAUUCAGCUGGAGACUCAGAAACAGCUGUUGAAACAGAUCGAAAGUCACAGGGCGGCGUGGUCGAAGCGGAAAGAUGUCGGAAAGAGAGAAAUCGCCGUGACCGAACGCGCCGUAUCGGAAGCCGUUCUCCGGCCGCCGAAGUCUUCGAAAGACCGCGCGGAUUCCCGGGAUCCGACUUUUAAACAAACUCAAAAGCCUUUCGCUUCGGUAGCACCGGACUCUAAGCGCCAGUCCGCUCCGGUGAAGAAAGACGGCGACGACGUGAAAACGUCGACUCUUGUCGUGACCCCGGAAGUCAUCAUUCCUAUCCUAGUUAUUGCUUGUGACAGAGUUACGGUGAAACGGAGUCUGGACAGGCUGAUCCAGUACCGUCCUUCUCAAGAACUCUAUCCCAUUAUUGUCAGCCAGGACUGCGGUCACGCCGAAACGGCCGGCGUCAUCGGUUCGUACGGCGAUCGGGUGACGCACAUAAAGCAGCCGGACCUUUCCGACAUCAGAGUUCGGCCGGAGCACCGCAAGUUCCAGGGCUACUACAAAAUUGCCAGGCAUUAUCGUUGGGCCCUUAACCAAGUAUUCAAGACUUUUUCACAGUCCACCGUCGUCAUCGUGGAGGAUGACCUUGAGGUGGCACCCGAUUUCUUUGAGUAUUUCCGUGCCAUGUACCCGAUCCUGCGGUCCGACCCGACCCUGUGGUGCGUAUCCGCCUGGAACGAUAACGGCAGAGACGCCUUGGUGGAUCCGUCCAGAGCCGGUCUUCUCCAUCGGACGGACUUCUUCCCCGGGCUGGGCUGGAUGCUGCUGAAAGAAGUGUGGGACGAGCUGGAACCCAAAUGGCCUUCCGCGUUCUGGGACGACUGGAUGCGUCUGCCCGAGCAGCGCAAGGACCGCUCGUGCAUUCGCCCGGAAAUCUCGCGGACCAUCACCUUUGGCCGAAAAGGCGUCAGUUUAGGUCAAUUCUUUGACCAGUAUCUACGCUAUAUUAGACUCAACACGGAAUUUGUGCCUUUUACCAAACGAGACUUCUCUCACUUGCUGAAAGAGAACUACGACGAAAAGUUCAUCAGAGAAGUGUACGGCGCCCCGCUGGUGAAGAUCGAGGAACUGCAACAGGGAGGAAGUUUAAGAGGACCCGGUCCGUACAGAGUCAAGUACUCCAGCAGGGAUAGUUUUAAAGUCCUCGCCCGCAAUUUGGGGGUGAUGGACGACUUGAAAUCGGGAGUCCCGAGGACAGGCUACAGGGGCGUCGUCAGUUUCCUGCACCGCGGUCGAAGGGUGUUCUUGGCUCCGCCGGAGGGUUGGACGCAAUAUGACGUCAGCUGGAGUUGA